UAGAAUUGUUGAAGUCACGAAGUGAGUCGCAACAAGUUGCAAGCGCGGCGAAUUAACCCUCUUCGCUAAACUCAGAGAAGCGUUUUUGAAUUUCAGUUCUUUUAAGUACGUGCCCUGAAAAACAUAACCAAGUGAAAAUGUCGCUACUUCCGUUGUUUUUCGAUUACAAUCCAUGGAGUUCCAUUCGUCCACGAUACAACGACUGGGACAUAUUUGGUUUAGAGAUUGCACCGAGGGAGUUCCAAAGAAUAUUUCGGGCUCCCAGAUGGGGUAAUGCUCUUCGAAAAACUGAUACAGAACUGCCUACUCCGACUAUUGGGAAGGACGGUUUCCAGGCAUGCAUCGAUGUUCAGCAAUUUCAACCCAACGAAAUAACCGUUAAAACUGUCGACAAUAAUAUAAUCAUUGAAGGCAAACACGAAGAACGUGAGGACGAGCACGGCUUUAUUUCUCGGCAUUUCGUUAGAAAAUAUGCACUACCAGAAGGAUAUGAUCCAAAGGAAGUAGUCUCGACGCUUUCCUCCGAUGGAGUUCUGACUAUUAAAGCCCCACCACCACCGAGUAAGGAGUUGAAGAGCAAUGAACGUAUAGUUCAAAUCCAACAAACCGGACCGGCUCACCUUAAUGUAAAGGAGAAUGUUGCUGAAGAUGAACAGGAAAAGGAUAAAGAGAAGACGAAAGAAAAGGAGAAGGACAAGUGAAUUUUGAUUUUAUAGGAAUAAUAAAAAGGGGUUGUGAAUGUUUGGAAAUUUUAGUGACUGCCAAAGUCAGGGAUUUUAAAUUACGCUUAUGAUUUGUAAGUUAUCUUUAUUGCAUUUUUAGAAAUAAAUU